AAUGGCAGUUCACUCAAAUAAUUUAUUUAUUUUUUUCUAAAAAAAAAAAAAACAAAGAACUGCAGUUCCCUACUGAGUCAGUCACCGAGUUCAUUUUUCAUGCCACGUUACUUUCAUAGUUCAAAUCAAAAUUCCAUAACCAUACCUGAAUUUUUUUUGUAUUUUCACAUUAUUAUUUAACAUCAUGAAUAUACAUGUAAGUUUAUUUCAUAGUGGCAUGGCCAUGCCCACCCAUUAUCAAGCAACCCCACAAACACACUGAAAGCUCAAAGUAGUUUAAAUUCAUCUCUAAAAAUGAGAAGAUAAUAUUGAGCUGCACACCACCCACACCCACCCACUAAGCAUAUUCUAGUUUCCAAACAUCUCUGCAAAAAUACAAAAUGCAAAAAGCUGAAGCAGUUUGCUCUUUAAAGCUCCCAUUCUUGCACACAAUUUUUGCUUUGACUCUUUUUCAUUUUUCAAGAUUUGUUUUUCAAGUGGUUUAUUGAUCCAAUGGAGGUGGGAGAUUUGUUGAUCCUAUUCCUGUAUAUUAUAUGAGAUACUACAGCCCAUUUUGUGUACAGUGAGCUUUUUUAAAGAAUAUUAUUUGACUAUUAAAUCAUGUUACUCAAUUCAUAGUGUCCACGUACAACACAUAUGUUGAGAGACAAUAUUCUAUAAUCACGAUUUCCUCAGUGGUUCAUCCUCCCAAGACCGCAUUUUUCUUGAUUUCCCUUUGUGGAUUUUCGUGUUUCUUUUUUUCCUUGAUUUGUUGGAGCAAUUUCGGGGUGGAACUGAAAAAGGGCUAGUUAUUUUAGUGUUAGCUUUAAGGGUUUGUUUGGGAAUGAUUUCCCCAUGAUUUUGAGAAGGCCAGUGAUGGAUAUUGAAGGCUGGAGCCCUGAUAAUAAUCCCAUAAAGAGAGAAUCAUGGAGGACUGUUUUGACAUUGGCGUAUCAGAGCUUGGGUGUUGUCUAUGGCGAUUUGAGCACUUCGCCUCUGUAUGUAUACAAGAGCACUUUUGCAGAGGACAUUCAGCACUCAGAGACUAAUGAGGAGAUAUAUGGGGUUUUGUCAUUUGUGUUUUGGACUUUAACUCUGAUCCCACUUGUUAAAUAUGUGUUCAUAGUGCUCCGAGCUGAUGAUAAUGGUGAAGGGGGCACUUUUGCCUUGUAUUCCCUCCUCUGCCGGCACGCGCGUGUCAGCACGCUGCCUAACGGCCAGCUCGCGGAUGAGGAUUUGUAUGAAUACAAGAAAGAUGGGAUUGCAUCUGGCAGUUUUAGAGGCCUUGGUUUGAGAUUGAGAUCCACAUUGGAAAAGCAUAGGGUGCUGCAGAGGAUGCUGCUCAUUUUGGCCUUGUUUGGGACUUGUAUGGUGAUCGGAGAUGGGGUUCUCACGCCUGCGAUUUCGGUUUUCUCUGCAGUUUCCGGGUUGGAGCUCGUUGUGUCGAAGCAUCAUCACCAAUAUAUAGAAGUCCCGGUUGCUUGUGUGAUUCUGGUGUUCUUAUUUUAUCUUCAACACUACGGGACUCACCGAAUAGGAUUCCUCUUCGCACCGAUAGUGAUAGCAUGGCUGUUCUGCAUCAGUGCCAUCGGAGUGUACAAUAUCAUACACUGGAAUCCACACGUUUACAAGGCGCUCUCUCCGUAUUACAUGUACAAAUUCCUAAAGAAGACGCGAAGAGACGGCUGGAUGUCGUUGGGCGGGAUUCUGCUAUGUAUAACAGGUUCGGAGGCUAUGUUUGCUGAUCUUGGCCACUUUUCGCAGCUGUCCAUCAAGAUAGCGUUUAGCUGUGUCGUCUAUCCAUCCUUGAUCCUCGCUUAUAUGGGACAAGCUGCUUAUCUUUCCAAACAUCACAUAAUCGAGAGCGACUACCAAAUUGGAUUCUACGUCUCAGUACCCGAAAUUUUACGGUGGCCUGUUCUUGCAAUCGCCAUUCUUGCUGCCGUGGUGGGAAGUCAAGCUAUCAUUACUGGGACCUUUUCGAUCAUCAAGCAAUGUUGUGCAGUGGGUUGUUUUCCGAGGGUCAAAAUAGUUCACACGUCGUCUAAAAUUUGUGGCCAGAUUUACAUCCCGGAGAUCAACUGGACUCUGAUGCUGCUCUGUUUGGCUGUUACUGUUGGCUUUAGGGACACUAAACACAUCAGCAAUGCAUCAGGUCUUGCAGUUAUAACAGUUAUGUUGGUAACAACAUGCCUUAUGUCUCUUGUGAUCAUCUUGUGCUGGAAUAGAAGUGUCUUUCUAGCCCUCUGCUUCAUAUUCUUCUUCGGCUCCAUUGAGGCGCUCUACUUCUCUGCGUCUCUGAUCAAGUUCCGUGAGGGCGCUUGGGUCCCUAUCGCGCUUUCUUUCACUUUCCUCGCGAUAAUGUACACGUGGCACUAUGGGACACUGAAAAAGUACGAGUUUGAUGUGCAGAACAAGGUCUCCAUCAACUGGCUUCUAGGUUUGGGUCCGAACCUAGGAAUCGUACGUGUCCGAGGGAUCGGCCUCAUCCACACGGAGCUCGUGUCCGGGAUUCCGGCCAUCUUCUCGCAUUUCGUGACGAAUCUCCCUGCCUUCCAUCAGGUUCUGGUUUUGUUCUGCAUCAAAUAUGUUCCUGUGCCCCAUGUUAGAUCCAACGAGAGAUUCUUGGUCGGAAGAGUCGGGCCGAAAGAGUACCGGGUUUACCGAUGUAUAGCGCGAUACGGAUACCGCGACACGAUCAUUGAUGACGUGGAGUUCGAGAAGGAUCUAGUAUGUAGCAUAGCAGAGUUCAUCCGAUCAGAGGUGCCGGAAUGCAAUGGCUCGUCGGUACACAAUCUCGAGAAUGAAGAGAAGAUGACCGUCAUUGGGACGACGUCGUCCCAUGCCAAAGGCAUCAAGCUAUGGGACAACGAGGGAGGAGAUCCGCCCUCCUCGUCCGAGGAUGCCUCGAGCACAACGGAGCUCGGGGAGACCGUCUCGCCAGCGGGUCCGAGGAAGAGGGUUAGGUUUCUCGUCCCAGAGAGCCCGGAAAUCGAGAGAGGGGCGCGCUCCGAGCUACGGGAACUAAUGGAAGCGAGGGAGGCGGGGAUGGCGUUCAUUCUAGGUCAUUGCUACGUGAAGGCGAAGCCAGGGUCGAGCCUGAUAAAGAGGCUCGUCGUCAAUGUUGGCUACGACUUCCUCCGGAGGAACUCAAGAACCCCGACGUACGCCUCGAGUUUCCCCCGGGCGUCGACGCUAGAGGUUGGCAUGAUCUACCAUGUAUGAUCCCUUGGUUAGGGAAGUUUGGUUGAUGUAAAUGGAUUGUAUCACAGUCUUCUUUUAUACGAGGUAAAUUAAGGUGAAGUUGAAAGGAA